UAAGUACUUUCUCAUCUUCUUCUUCUUCACUACACAGUACUUCAGUCUCACCUUAUACAAAGGUUUUGCUUUGUAUUAUGAGUGGUUCAGUUAUGGAGAAUCUGGCAAUGAAGGAGCUAGAGAGAGGGCGUGAACUUGCUAACCAGCUUCGACGACUGAUCUUUAGGUCUGAGGAUGGAGAAGAUGAUCAUAAGACUAAGGGCUUAACGACGUCGUCUGCUGAGGAUCUUGCUGCGAAAGUGCUGGAUUCUUUCGCCAACACACUCUCUCUCUUCAACUCAAAUCGCCAUGUUUCUGCAGAUCCCUCCUUGUCUUCCUUCUGUCCCUUGCCUGCUCACUCUGGUGACUCUCAGGAGAGCUCUAAGACCAGAAGCACCUCCACCACCAUUAAAGAUCCAACAAGAUGCACUCCCAAGAAAAGGAAAAGUAGUGCCCAGACAUGGGAGGAGGACACCAAAAUGGGUCCAAAGGAAGAUGGGCAUGCGUGGAGGAAAUAUGGCCAAAAAACAAUACUCGAUUCUAAACACCCCAGGAACUACUUCAGAUGCACUCACAAGUAUGACCAAGGAUGUGAAGCAACAAAACAAGUUCAGAAAAUCCAAGACGAUCCUCCUCUUUACAGAACCACCUAUUUUGGCCACCAUACUUGCACCAACCUCCUUAAUCCUCAGGCCUUUCUUGAUUCCCAUGAUGACCUUAAUUCAACCUCUGCUUUUAUUCUCAGCUUCAACAAUAAUAUUAUUACCACUACCUUUGACCAAAAGCUCAAAAUCAACAAUGAUUCCUGCUCUUUAUUUCCAUCUGCUGGUUCUUCUGUCAAAAACGAGGAUGAUCAGCACUGCCACAUCAGCAACAUCGUCAAGCAAGAGAAAAACAAUUACAAUGAUAAUGUUAAUGUUGUUCCUUCAUGUUCAUCCAAUAAUGAUUGUUGCCUUGUGUUUCGUGAUGAAGAAGAAGCAGUUCUUCCUUUUGGAUUUGGUGGUGAUGAAGUGGAUGCGCUUAAUUCUGCUGUACUUUAUGAUCCUCUCGUGUUUGAAGAUCCCUUCUUAUUUCAGAUGAUUUGAUUUGAUCAUUUGAAUCUU